UUUCUCUCCUACGAAGCUCCACAAAUUUAUUCAUUCUGUCUGCCUCGCGAAUCGAAUUCAAGCAAGCGAGACAGCGAAGAUACUUUGGAAAAAUGGGCGUCGACUACUACAAGGUCCUAGGGGUCGACAAGGCUGCCAAGGACGAUGACCUAAAGAAGGCCUACCGGAAGCUCGCCAUGAAGUGGCACCCCGACAAGAACCCCAACAACAAGAGCGAAGCCGAGGCCAAGUUUAAGCAAAUCUCCGAGGCGUACGAGGUGUUAAGCGACCCUCAGAAGCGCGCAAUUUACGACCAAUACGGCGAAGAAGGGCUGAAGGGGGAGGUUCCGCCGCCAGGGACCGAUGGCUCCGGCAGCGCUUCCUUUUUCUCCGGAAGCGGUCCCACUGUCUUCCGCUUCAACCCCAGGAACGCCGACGACAUAUUCGCAGAGUUCUUUGGCUUCUCUGGUCCAUUCGGUGGCAUGGGAGGAGGAACAAUCAACGGAGGCGUGCGCGGCAGCGGGGCGCGGUUCUCUAGCUCCCUUUUCGGCGACGACAUCUUGGGAUCGGCGGCGUUCGGCGGGGCGGAGGGGCCGACGAGCUCACGCCGGCUGCAGAAGGCUGCUCCGAUCGAGAACGUGCUCCCCUGCAGCCUGGAGGAGUUGUACAAAGGCACCACCAAGAAGAUGAAGAUCUCCAGAGAGAUCGCUGAUCCAAGUGGGAAAACUUUGACCGUCGAGGAAAUCCUCGCGAUCGAUAUAAAACCCGGUUGGAAGAAGGGCACGAAGAUUACAUUCCCGGAGAAAGGAAACGAGCGCCCAAAUCUGAUCCCUGCCGACAUCGUCUUCAUCAUAGACGAGAAGCCGCAUCCUGUGUUCGCGAGGGAGGGGAACGACCUCGUCACAAUACAAAAGAUCUCCCUCGUGGAGGCAUUAACCGGUUACACGGCGCAUUUGACGACGUUGGAUGGCAGAAGCCUGACGAUUCCUAUAAACAACAACAAUGCGAUUCAUCCUGCUUAUGAGGAGGUUGUUCCUGGGGAAGGCAUGCCAUUGCCCAAGGAUCCAACCAAGAGAGGAAAGCUGAGGAUCAAAUUCGAUAUCAAAUUCCCAUCGAGGCUCAGUCCGGAGCAGAAGGCCGGAAUUAAGAGGCUGCUACCUGCUUAAUCAUCCGGCCGGCCGGAGUCUCGCUCUGCUAAGUUUCCUGCUUCGGUUGUAGAGAUGCCUGUGUAUUGCCAGCGUGAUGGGAGGUCGAUUAUAGAAGCAAGCUUGUCACAAACAGAUAACAAAAUUUAAAAAUUAUUUGAUCGUAAAUAAUAUAAAAGUUUUGUAUAAUUGCAAAUCGAGAAUAUACGAGGAAGGCAAAUUCUUAGUCCUUGUAUAACACAUGAUUAACAUAACAAUAUUGUAUAACACAUGAUUUUGUGGGAAUUAUGAUUUA